UUGAGCAACAUAAAAACCUUCAUAAAAAGCAAAAUGCAGUUUUGAAGUGAAAAACAAAGAGACGAGUAGAACAAUCUGUUGUUCUGGGAUUAGCAGCUUCAAAUUCAAGCAAGAAGAUUGGAAUUUACAAUGAGUUCGUUAAAUUCUCAUAAAAAAGAUAGCAUAGAUAGCUAUGAAUAUCAAGAAAACAAUAGUUCUAAUAAUGUAGACAAAGAACUUGUUUUUAAAUUUGGCAUUGAUAGAGAAUCUGUUGUAUAUGAAGGUUAUGAUCUGGCAAACCUCAAAGAACUAGCUGCUGUAUUUAUUCAAAGCAAAUAUCCUAGCUGCACCAAGCCUGGGAUAGUUGACUCAAUUAUGCUAUUUAGACAUGAUUAUCGUUUGUCAAAUUCUCUUGAAUUAGUUCAAUCAGUAAAUAUAUUAAACAACAACGAUACACUGGAAAUUGUUCUUAAAGAUUCAUUUUCCUUGGAUGACUCAUCUGUGCGUUCACAUAUGUUGUAUGUAUAUUCAUAUAAAUCCCCGACAUUUUGUGAUCAUUGUGGGGUAAUGCUCUUUGGACUUGUUCGACAAGGUUUAAAGUGUGAAGGAUGUGGGGGAAAUUUCCAUAAAAAAUGUGCCUUUAAAAUACCAAAUGAUUGCUCUGCAGAAAAACCUUUGGUUAAUGGUUCUUCUUAUGGUACCUCAACAGCACCAAGACGAAUGUCAGAACAAUGGACUUCUUUAUCUAAUGAUGGAGAUAUUUCAUUGUUCUCAUUAUCGUCAACAACAACUCUUCAAAGGCAAAGAAGGAAUACAUGGAGUGCAUUUGCUGGCGGUAGACCACCUGACAUUGAUCGAUUAGUUAAUAAGCUUGAAAUACCUCAUACAUUUGUAAUACAUUCUUAUUGUCGACCAACAGUCUGCCAUGUUUGUAAAAAACUGUUAAAAGGACUGUUCAGGCAAGGUUAUCAGUGUAAAGACUGUAAAUUUAAUUGCCAUCGUGAUAAAAAGUGUCUUGAAAAUGCCCCAAGAAACUGUUUGGGAGAUAUAAAUGAAAAAGAAAACCCACCAGUAAACAAUGAUGCCGACAUAACUGACAAUGAUCAUAACACUGAACCUGAUGAAGAAGAAAGUAUUGUUAAAAUAGAACUCACAGAAACCUCUAGCAUUCAAAUACCAUUACAGCGUAUAGCCAUGUCUGUGGGUCACAGAAAAACAAGAGGAUCUAAAAUCCUAAAAUCUGCAUGGAUGAUUCAUUACACAGAGUCUGAUCAAGUAAAAAAUGUUCACUAUUGGCGAUUGGAUACAAAAAGUCUUUGUUUUUAUGUGUCUGAAUCUACUACAGAAUUUGUCAAGGAAAUUUUGCUGUCUGAAAUAUUAGCUGUUGAUUCAAAUAUGGAAUCCAUGAGAUCUAAUCAAGGUGGGGACUAUUUAUUUGUACUUAAAACAAGAACGGAAAUAUAUUAUUGUGGUGAAAGAGAUCAUUAUGAUCCAAACGGCGCAGUUUUUCCAAAUGAUCCCAAAAGUGGUAAAGGAACUCGUAUUGGUAUUUCAUGGGCAGAGGAAAUUAAAAGUGCAUUUCAUUCAGUCUCUGGGAAUCAGAAAACAUUAACAACACUGCAGGUUGAGUUUUCAGAAGAUAAACUGGAAAAAGAAAUUGAACUGAAUGGAGAAAGGGAUAUCAGUCAAGUAUAUCAGAUUUUCCCUGAUGAAAUUCUUGGAUCUGGACAGUUUGGUAUUGUUUACGGAGGAGUUCAUAGAACAUCAGGAAAGGAUGUUGCUAUAAAAGUUAUCGACAAGCAUAGGUUACCAACUAAGGAAGAAAGAGGUUUAAAAAAUGAAGUUAUAAUUUUAGAGAACAUUAACUACCCGGGUGUAGUCAACCUUGAAAGAAUGUUUGAAACAGCUGAAAAGAUAUUUGUUGUUAUGCAAAAAAUGAAAGGCGACAUGCUUGAGUUGAUUUUGAGUAGUCCAAAUGGUAGACUAACAGAAAAACAAACAAAGUUUAUUUGUUACCAAAUUUUGACAGCUCUCCAUUUUCUUCAUGAAAUCAACAUUGUACAUUGUGACCUAAAACCAGAAAAUGUUCUUUUGUCAGGAGUUUCUUCCAAAGGUGGUUUUCCUCAGAUAAAAUUGUGCGAUUUUGGUUUUUCACGAAUAAUUGGGCGUGAAUCUUUUCGACGUUCAAAAGUUGGCACACCUGCAUAUUUACCACCAGAGGUUUUGAACAAUAAAAAAUAUAAUCGAUCAUUAGAUAUGUGGUCAAUAGGAGUUAUUAUAUAUGUCAGUGUAAGUGGAACUUUUCCAUUUAAUGAGGAUGAAGAAAUUACAGACCAGAUAAAAAAUGCAGCAUUCAUGUAUCCAACAUAUCCAUGGGGUGGAAUUUCUAAAGAGUGUCAAGAUCUAAUUAACCAACUUCUUCAAGUAAAAAUAAAAAGCCGACUAACUUGUAAACAAGCACUUCUUCACGCUUGGAUGCAGGACUACGAAAUUUAUACAGAAUUGCGCAGUUUGGAAACUUUAGUUGGCGUUCGAUACAUAACACAUGAAAGUGACGAUGCUGCAUGGGCGCGUUAUCUUCAAAGUAAACUCUUCAGUGUAGAAUCUAUUGACGAAGAAACAAAUCCUAAUAUAAUUUGCUCAUUCUGCAGUUUAAUGAAUUUUCAUUCAUUUGAUAAUGGUUUGCGUCCACAUAUGCUGUAUGUUCACUCGUAUAAGUCUCCAACAUUUUGUGAUUACUGUGCAGUUAUGCUAUUCGGACUUGUUCGGCAAGGACUAAAGUGUGAAGGUUGUAAUGGAAAUUUUCAUAAAAAGUGUGCUUUUAAGAUACUUAACAACUGUUCUGGAGUACAAAUAAAUCGUAAUGGCUGUUCAACUUUGUCACCAUCUUCCAGAAGUUUUAACCUAGAUUCAAAUAAUUUAGAUAAACAUACAAAAGAUAGAAGAAACACAAUUGGACCAACUGAUUCUAAGAAUAUGACAGAUAUAACCAAUAUACCACAUACAUUUGUGGUACAUACAUAUGGAAAGCCAACUCAAUGUCAUAAUUGCAGAAAACUGCUUAUAGGACUGCUUAAACAAGGUUACCAGUGUAAAGAUUGUAAAUAUAACUGCCAUUUAAAAUGCAUUGAAAAAGUUGAGAGAAAUUGUCAUGGUGAGAGAGCUUUAGAUAUUCCUGAUGUAGAUGACAAUGACAACCCAGUUUUUCAGCAAAACCAUGAUGAGGAAGAUGGCUUUGAAAAACCAUCUGUGUCUGAAAAUAAUAUUCCACUUCAAAGAAUUGCUAGUUUAUAUAACAGCAAUUCACCUCGUAAUAGAAAAAUCAGAGGUUCAAAGAUAUUAAAAUCAGAUUGGCUGGUCCAUUUUACUGAAUCUGACAAAACGAAAAAAGUACAUUAUUGGCGAUUGUAUACAAAAUGCAUUUGCUUGUAUCAAUCAGAUACUGCUAAAGAACCUAUCAAGGAAAUACCUUUAUCUGAGAUAAAUGAAGAGCCUAUGGUACGUCAUGGUCGUGACCCCUAUUUAUUUAUACUCAAAACAAACACAGAAAUAUAUUAUUGUGGUGAAGGAGACAGUUAUGAUGCAAAUGGUGCUAUUAUUGCAUCUUCGCCUAACAGUGGUAAAGGUACUCAUAUCGCUAUAGCUUGGUCUGAAAAAAUAAGAAAUGCGUUUAAAUCAGUGGCUGCAAGUCAUGAGGUUGAGGAAAAUUUAGAGGAGAAUGUAGAUAUCAGUCUAGUGUACCAAAUUUUUUCAGAUGAGGUUUUAGGGUCUGGUCAGUUUGGUAUUGUUUACGGAGGAGUUCACAGAAAAACAAAAAAAGAGGUUGCAGUCAAGGUGAUUGAUAAGUCAAGAUUCCCAACACAAGAAGAAAGAGCUCUAAAAAAUGAAGUCACUAUAUUGGAGAAUAUUAGUCAUCCAGCUGUGGUUAAUCUGGAGAGAAUGUUUGAAACACCAGAACGAAUAUUUGUUGUAAUGCAAAAAAUGAAAGGCGACAUGCUGGAAAUGAUAUUAGGCAGCCCUAAUGCAAGACUUACAGAAAAGCAGACAAAGUUUAUCUGUCACCAAAUUCUAGCAGCUUUAAAUUUUCUUCAUAAAAUGGACAUAGUUCACUGUGAUUUAAAACCUGAAAAUGUGCUUUUGUCUGGUGUCGAAUCAAAGGAAGGCUUCCCUCAGAUUAAGUUAUGUGACUUUGGUUUUUCACGAAUUAUUGGCCGUGAAUCAUUUCGCCGUUCAAUAGUUGGUACUCCAGCAUACCUAGCACCAGAAGUUUUAAGUAAUAAAAAAUAUAAUAGAUCAUUAGAUAUGUGGUCUGUUGGUGUUAUUAUAUAUGUUAGUGUAAGUGGAACAUUUCCAUUUAAUGAAGAUGAAGAUAUUCCAGAUCAAAUAAAAAAUGCUGCUUUUAUGUAUCCACCACAGCCUUGGGCUGAGAUUUCAAAAGAUGCGCAAGACUUGAUUAACCAGCUUUUACAAGUGAAGAUGAAGAUCAGAUUAACGUGUCAGCAAGCUUUAAUUCAUAAAUGGAUGCAGGAUCUUGAUACGUUUUUGGAAUUGCGUCGUCUUGAAGAGAAAGUUGGAAUACGAUAUAUAACGCACGAGAGUGAUGACGUUGCAUGGGCUCAAUAUGAUCCUACUAAAUCAUUUUUUAAAGAGUCAAAAGAUACCUUCUCAGAAAAUAACAUCUGUGAAAAAAAUCAGACAUUAGCAAAUAUUAUUGAACUGUAAAAUGUAAAAAUAUCAAGAAUUUUUUUUAAAAAUUGCCAUUUAUCUAAGUUAUUAUGCUUA